AUGGUCCUUACAGAUAAACAACGACAGGAUCUUCAUCAGGCAAUGUUGGAUUAUCUUGUCGGUAUGGGUGAAAGAUUUAAUGAUACAGCAAUAAUAUUUGAAAAAGAAGCAGAGAUUACCAAGUCUAGUGAUGGAAAACAUGCAGGUCUACUGGAAAAAAAAUGGACAUCAGUUAUUCGACUUCAGCGGAAAGUAAUGGAACUUGAGACAAAAGUUGUUCAACUUGAAGAAAAUGCGAAAUUAGGUGGUGUAUUAAGCCGACGAGACGUACUUGGUGGUCGCCAACGGACUGAGUUUCUACCGCGUGGACCUGCUAAAUUCUCGCUUACAGGUCAUCGUUCACCAAUUACGUGCGUCGCCUUUCACCCAGUGUUUAGUGUGUUGGUCUCGGCCAGCGAAGACGCGUCGGUGAAAGUCUGGGACUUUGAAACAGGUGAAUAUGAACGUACACUCAAGGGUCAUACAAAUCCCGUGCAGUCGGUAGCAUUUAAUGGUUCUGGCUCACUAUUGGCAUCGACAUCAACGGAUUUGUCCAUUAAGAUCUGGGACUUUUCCAGUGAUGGAGAAUAUGAAUGUCUAAGGACAUUACGUGGACAUGACCAUAACGUUUGCGGAAUCGUAUUUGGACCAGACCUUGCAAGCGAUCGUCUGUACUCGUGCUCGCGUGAUAAUACAAUCAAAGUGUGGGAAUUAUCAACAGGCUACUGUGUCAAUACACUUAAUACUGGACACAGUGAUUGGGUACGCGACAUUGCGGUGAGCGAUGAUGGACAGUAUUUGGCGUCGUGUGGCAAUGACCGCUCGAUUCUUUUCUGGGAUCUGCAGCACAUGCGCGUGUUGCAGUCUAUCCGAGAACACGAGCAUGUUGUGGAGAGUGUUGUCUUUGCCAAGACAGGGAUUCAACAACAGGUCAUUGAACGGACACACGCGAAGAAGCUUGCCGCUUCCGGUGCAUUUGCUUCUGCUCACGAAAGCAUCUCGACGGAGUUCAAUAAUCACGAUAUGACUAGUAGUAUGGCAGGAGAGCCAACCGGAGCGGUUGCUGUUGCGAGUGUUCGUACCGUCCGCCGUAUGAAGUUUCUUCUGUCGGGAUCGCGUGACCGUACGGUGCGUUUGUGGGAAGCCUUUAGCGGCAUGCAACUUAUGCUUUUUGCGAGUCAUGAAAACUGGGUGCGCGAGGUCCGCUUCCACCCUAGUGGAAAGUACGCACUUAGCGCAGGCGAGGACAAGACGAUUCGCGUCUUUGAUAUUGAGACUGGUCGCUGUGUGCGGACGCUGGACGAGGCUCACAGCCAUUUUGUAACGUGUCUCGACGUUCACCCAAGCCUUCCACUGAUCAUUUCCGGUGGUAUCGAUAAAGUCAUUAACGUGUGGGAAUGUGUAUAA